AUGCCACCCACCAGCCUCGUCUCACCACGAGCAGUCUUCGGCCUUAUCGUCCCCGCCACAAACACAGUAGUAGAAGCAGAAUUCAACUGGCUUCGCGUCCCCGGCGUCUCCUGGCACAGCGGCCGCAUCGACAUCAAGAACCCCUCCCUCAAGGAUGACGAGACCGUCGAGCAGUUCAUGCGCGACCUCCGCGCCACCAUCGGCGACUCCGUCCGGAUGGUCUGUCAAUGCUUCCCAACGUACCUCGUCAUGGGCAUGAGCGCAGAGACGUUCUGGGGCGGAAAGGACGGGGCGGCGAAAUUUGAGGCGUUUAUGCAUGAGCUGAGUGGGUUGAAGGUUAGUACGGGCGCGAGGGCGGCGCAGGCGGCGUUGGAUAAGUUUGGGGCGAGGAGGAUUGGGGUUGUGACGCCUUAUCAGCCUGUGGGGGACCAGCAGGUUGUUGAUUUCUUCACUCAAAUGGGCUACGAAGUGGUCUCGGUCCACGGGCUGAGAUGUGACUCUGCGACUUCGAUAGCGGAUGUGCCCCCCGAUGUGGUGAAAGACGCGUUCCGCAAGGUCGAUGGUCCGGAAGUCGAGGCAUUGCUCCAAGCCGGUACCAACUUGCCUGUAGCUUCGGUCGUGGCUGAGCUAGAGGCUGAGCUGAAGAAGCCAGUCAUUGCUAUCAACGUUGCGACGGUCUGGCAUGCGUAUCGGACUAAUGGGAUCGAAGACAAGAUCAAGGGGUAUGGUCGCUUACUAGAAGAAUUCUGA